AUCAACUAUAAAUACACCCCAUACCAAUAUAAUCAACAAGAGAAACACGACAAAAAAUCUGAAAAAAGAAAAUUGAGAAUGUCUAUCUUGGCAUCUCCCUUCAAUGGAAUCAGCCUCUUGAAUCCAUUUCAACCUUCAAUGGAGGAGACCCAGAUGGACUGGAAGGAGACUCCAAGAGCCCAUGUAUUCAAAAUCGAUCUUCCAGGUCUGACAAAAGAGGAUGUGAAGCUUCAACUACAUGAUAAUGGAGUCCUAUAUGUGGCUGCAGAGAGGAAAGAAGGAGAAGAGAAAGGGGAGAUAUGGCACUGCAAGGAGAGACCAAGUGGAGGAUUCUCAAGGCAGUUUCGGUUGCCGGAGAAUGGCAAGGCUGAGGAAAUCAAAGCCUCCAUGCGUGAUGGAGUUCUUACAGUGACAGUGCCUAAAGAUGAGCUCAAGAAGAAGAGUACUAGACACCAAAGAAAGGCUGUGAAGAUUGAAUUUGAAGGGGUGGUUGAUGACAACGGUGAUCAAGAACAUGCUUCCUCCAAAGGAUUUUCUCGUUUUGUGUGCUGCAAAGCCUAAAACAAGUUUAGCUUCUUUGUUGAAAUAUUUGUGUCGAUUGUGGUUCAUAAAAGAUUAAUCUUUGGUGUGGUUGCUAGGCUUUCCCUGUAAAUUUCUAUGAAGAAAUGUGUUUGCUUUGUAUAAAUUUAACAAAUU